AUGGAUAUCCAUGAUGAUUCCUCCAUUACUCUUCCGGUCAAGGAAUCGGAAGAUGAUCCCCCAACCAAUGAUACGAAAAUUGUUGGACAUGAUUGGCUGACGUUUCGUCGAAGGUGUGAGCUAUGUAAGCAAAGAAAGGUCAAAUGUGAUCGCGGUCAACCAUCAUGCGGAUGGUGUAGUCGCAAUGGUGCCGUAUGUGAAUACAAGGAGCGAAAGAAACCCGGAUUGAGAGCUGGGUAUGGCCGAGAACUGGAACAAAGAUUGGAUCGACUCGAGGAUAUUCUACGCUCGCAUGCUCAAAUCUUGGAAUCAUCUUUUGGUCAUAACAGCAAUAGAGUCCCCAACAGUGUUUCGAGCGAUCACGGUACACCACAAAGUAUUAACAGCUUCAAACCAAAUGAGGGGCUCUCUAGUCACCGUGUAGGACAUGUUGCUAGAGCCGAGACAGCCCUAUUUCUUCAGAAGCCUUCCACCUUUGGGCAACGAAGUACAUCCAUGGAUUUUGGACAUUCAAUACCUCCAAAUACCACGAUGCCAUCUAUCCAUAGUGAUAUCUUUCAUCAGCAACACACCCCGGGAUCACAGGGAUCUCAUUUAUCCAUGGACAUGCAACAACAUAAUCACUCAAUAUCAACCAGUCAAGCACCGGACUUCUAUAGUACGAACCAGCCACCCCUACAAUCACCAAGCUUGAACAUAACUCAAAACUCAAGCGACGUCUCUUCCGACCAUGCUCUCCCACCAUAUGAUCUAUUAUAUGCACUAGUUGAUCUCUACUUUAAGUAUGUCAAUACUUGGUGUCCAAUAUUACAUCGAAGAUCGACGCUGGACUCUUUAUUCGGUCCAUCUGCUUUGGAUGAAUCAGACAAAAUACUUCUACAUGCUAUUGUUGCCACUACUUUGAGAUUUUCCACGGAUCAACGACUGACCGAAGAAAGAAGGCGACAUUAUCACGAUAUAUCUAAGCAAAAAGUAUUAUUAUAUGGACUAGAAAACUCCUCGGUCAAGGCUUUACAGGCUCUGGUAAUUCUGGCCUUGGAUCUGGUGGGCAGUAGUAACGGCCCACCUGGAUGGAAUUUAUUGGCUCUAAUUACGCGCUCGGUAGUUCAAUUGGGACUUUCUGUAGAGACUACUUCCUUCUCCGUGUCGCCAAACUAUCCUUCAAUCUAUACACUUCGAGCAAUGGUAUUGCCAGAGCCUGAGAAUUGGAUUGAGGAGGAAUCUCGAAGGCGACUCUUCUGGAUGGUAUAUCUUCUGGAUCGAUAUGCCACAAUUGCUACAGCUUUCGAAUUUGCCUUGGAUGAAAAAGAAAUUGACAGAACUUUACCUUGUCGAGACGAUCUUUGGAAUAAGAAUCAAAAUGUGGAAACAAGAUGGUUUCGCACGAGCGAAAGGACGGAAUACGAUAUUGACAAACCCGAGAACCUUGGCGCAUUCUCAUACUACAUCGAAAUCCUUGGUAUUCUUUCCAGAAUUCACAAAUUUUUGAAAAAGCCAGUGGAUAUCAGUGCCUUGUCUGACGUUGAACAAUGGCAAGGCGAAUAUCGAGAACUAGACAAUAUGCUCACUUCAUGGAAAUUCAAUCUGCCUGGUGAUUAUGGAAACAUGGCAAAGCUUUUUCAACCAGGAAGCAAUAAAUCCAUCAAUUGUGGCUGGGUCAUGUUACACGCGACAUAUCACACGGCAGUAAUACGACUUCAUUCAUCGGCUGCUUACCCUACCACUAGAUCGCCUAUUUUUACUCCUUCGUAUAGUGCAAGUCAACGUUGUCAUGGUGCAGUUGAAAAUAUUGCAGCAUUAGGAGAAUAUGUUGUUCAAAAUAGCAUGCUUCCAAAAUUAGGUCCACCAUUUGCGUUCACGCUUUGGGUAGCCGCUCGAUUACUUCUCGUACAUGGCUCAACCAUCGAACACAAACUCAGCCCCCAGAUUCAAUUCUUCGUCGACACCCUUCGAGAAAUGGGUAGUUACUGGCUCGUAGCGGAACGCUACACAACCAUUCUCCAACGCGUGCUUGACGAACAUCGUGAUAGUGAACAUGCCGCCGGUACGAAUGGUGAACGCGUCACUCCUUCCUCGGUCAAGAUCCUAGCAGAUAUGAGAAGAUGUGCAUAUGAUUUAGAUUUUUUAAUUUCUAGACAACCUAAAUAUGUAGGACUUUCCCGAAUGCCUAGUAUUACACCGGCCAGAACACCUGCUCCUAAUGAAUUGGAGUAUUUGGAUGUUUUUGAUUUUUUUAAUGUUCCUCGAUUACCUGUUAUUCCGGGAGAUCCUUCUAGUUCUGCUCAAGGAAAUGGAAAUGGGAAUGGGAAUGGGAGUGGGAAUGGUGGGAAUGGCAUGGGUGAUGUCCAAAUGCCAGAGAUGGGAAAUGGAUCGAAUGAAUUUAAUAUCACGAAUUUUAUGGUGGAUGCUAACUCGGAUUGGUUUAUUAAGAAUUUGAAACAUGGGAUUGAGGGAGGUCAAAAUAAUACUUGA